AUGGUGGCUGAACAAAGAAAAAUUCUUCAGUAUUUUACUGCAAUCUGCUUCAUUCUUAUUUCACAAAAGUCUGUUUUAAUUUGGUCACGAAAUCUGGCUCCGACAUUUAUGGCAAACAUGACUGUCGUACGUGUGACUGAAAAUGCACCAAAAGGUUCGUCUGUUUUUCGGAUAGCUGCUGAAGAUAAAGAUGGUGACCUACUUUUGUAUGGGUUGGAGGGAGAAUUAGCAUCAGUUUACUUUACAGUGGACAGCACCAGUGGCGACGUAACUAUUAAAGAAGCCAUUGACAGAGAGAUCUAUGCAAAGAGCAAUGAUCAUUUUGGAAUAACCAUGACUGUUGAUGAUGGAAUAAAUGCAUUGGUGAAAAAGACGCUGCAUAUUUUCAUUGAAGAUGUUAAUGACAAUGCACCAGCAUUUAAAGGGUUACCAUAUCAAGCAGAUGUCGCAGAGAAUGAAAAAAUGGGAAGAGAGAUAUUCAAAGUAUUUGCUAGCGACUCUGAUAGAGGGAAUAAUGGUUCAGUAAGAUAUGAAAUUCUAGAGUUUAUACCCUCAGAUAAUGUGGAGUUGUUUGAAAUAUCCAAAAAUGGUAGUGUUUUCCUGAAAGGUCAACUGGAAUUUGCAAAAUCCAGCAUUUACCAAGUUCUUGUCAAGGCAGUGGAUCAAGGCAUACCAGAAGUAAAAUAUUCAACUACAAGAUUGAUCAUAAAUGUGAUUGACAUACCAAAUAGGCCCCCUGAGUACUUAAGCUCCGUUUACCAUGUUCGAAUUCCAGAGAAUUUACCUGUGAACACAGUUAUUAUCACUGUAACAGCAAUUGAUGGAGAUAGGGGUAUUAACAACCCAAUCACAUACAGCAUUAAUGGUACCAGUGCAUUUAAAGUGGAUAACAUAACUGGUAGAGUCAGCACCUCCUCUAUGCUGGACAGAGAAGAUAUGGAAGAACUCAUUACAAUUGAUGUCACCGCUUUUGAACUUGUCAACGGUAUUAAGGACCCUUCAGCUACAGCGACAACAACAAUUACAAUUUUAAUACUUGAUGUCAAUGACAAUAAGCCAGUAUUCUAUUCAAUGCCUGGAACAUCUACUGACACAUUCCGUGCAAUAGUGCCUGAAGAGACUGCAAACGGCAUGCCAAUUCUUCACAUUUUUGCACAAGACCUUGAUCAAGGCAACAAUGGAACAUUUGGAGUUUUUCUUCAAGGACCAGAUUCUGCAGCUUUUAAUUUGAAUCGAAAUAUUGUUUAUAAUAAGGGAAUGUUAACGAUUCAAGUGGCAAAUUCUGAGGCACUGGACUUUGAGAAGAAUGAUGUCUUACAGCUUCAGAUUUUGGCCGUGGAAUUGGAGACAAAAGAAAGGUUCAGUUCCAUUGCAAGUAUUCGUAUUGUCAUAACGGACAUAAAUGAUAACCGCCCAGUGUUUAACCAGGAUUACUUUAUACUGGAAGUGCCAGAAGAUAGCGCAAAUGGCUACAAUGUGACUUGCAUUACCGCUACAGAUCAAGACAGUGCAAGUUUUGGUGAGAUAACCUACCAACUUUUUGGAUCGGACAGUGUGUUGCAGACAUUUGAUGUGGACCCACUACUUGGGAUGUUCUUUGUAAAAAAUAAAACCCUUUUGGACAGGGAGAGAAGACCUCAGUUUUUUGUCACAAUACAAGCCAGGGAUGGUGGAGGUCUUACAACCAAUGCACAAAUAGACAUUUCCAUCUCUGAUGCAAAUGAUCAAGUGCCUGUUUUCCGGAGAAAUAGUUACAGUGGAUUUAUUAAGGAAAACGAGGUUAAAAAUAUUGUCCAGGUUCAGGCUUUUGACAGGGACCAAGAGAAUUCCCCAAACAGUGAAAUUACAUACAGAAUCAUUGAUGGAGAUCUGACUGAACAUUUUAUAAUUAAUCACUCCAAUGGAGUAAUAUCUGUGGUCAAGCCACUGGACAGAGAAUUCAUGGACCCUUCUCUGAAUGGAGUUGUUAAUCUGAUUAUCCAAGCCAAAGAUGGUGGUCAUCCAGCUCUCAGCUCCUCAGUGCAGGUUGCCAUCACAGUUGAGGAUGUGAACGAUAAUGGCCCGGUUUUUAACCAAAGUGCAUAUUUUGUCGCUAUUCCUGAAGACCAGCAGGAUUGCUGUAUUGUUGAGGUACAUGUUUCGGACAGUGAUGUAACUGAUUCAAACCGGCUGGUGACCUACAGAAUUGAAGAUGGGGCACAGGGCCAGUUUAUUAUCAGCACUGGGAAAGGAGCCCUACUGCAAUCGGCAUGCAUCCAUUUAACUCCAGAGAGCAGGCUUGAUUAUGAUGGUGGUCCGCGGAAAUAUAGACUAACCGUGGCAGCCACUGAUUUCGGGUCUGAUCCAAAUACAAGCUACACAACCAUCGAUGUGGAUAUUUUAGAUGCAAAUGACGAGGCUCCUGUUCUCAUUAGGAGUUCACUCUAUGACGUGUUUACAAGUGAAAAUGGAAUAAUCAAUACAACCAUCGGAACAAUCCGGGCUUUUGAUCCAGACACUGAUGCAGAAUUGCACUUCUUUAUCAGAGGAGCUGAGUGCCUUGAUGGGAAGGGGGAAAGGAUGAACAGUUCACUCUGUAAAAACUGGUUCCGACUGACGGAGCGAUCUGGAGCUUUGAUCUACAGUGGUCCUGUUGACCGGGAAAGAGUUGAAACUGUUUUGCUCAGAGUACAAGUUGUGGACUACAACACUGUGCAUUCUUCAAACAUGAGUGAAGAAGGGCGCAUUAAAAUUAUCAUUACUGAUGAAAAUGACAAUGCUCCUGUAUUUUCUAAAACAGAAACUAAAAAAGUUGUUGUAUUGGAAUUUCUCACCGAGAGCUUAGAGGUUGCAGUGUUGGAGGCCACUGACCGUGAUGUUGGAAAGAAUGGUGCUAUCACAUUCCAUGUUGCAAAAGUCACUUUUGCUGUGCCAGGAGCAUCACCAGUCAACAAAACAGUGACAGAAUUCUUUUACAUUCAAACAUCUUUGAACAGCAAGUAUAUGUGGGAAGGUAGUUUACGGUUAAAAAAUUAUUUGAAAUUAGAGGGAUGUUGGAAGAUAAAAAUUGUCGCCAUGGAUGGGGGAAUACCCAGCAACGCUGCUCAUCUCCUAUUAGAAGUCUAUGUCGUUAAUGGGAACAGUAAAUUACAAUUAGUCUUUGACAAGCUGCCAGGAAGUGUGCUCCUUGUGGAGAAACAAAUACUGAGCAUUUUAAAAGCCACCGUGCCUGGAACCAACGUGAUUGUAUCAAAAGUUUCACCAGCAAUCAAGACCAGUAACUUAAAAAGAACAUUUAUGGACGUGUAUUUCAUUGAUAGAAAAGGAGCUGCUGUCAAUCCGGAUGUUAUUAGAGGAGAGAUAGAAAAGAACGUUUCUGCUCUUGCAAGUCUUAUUGACCUAGGUUUGACAACUCUGGGUUCUCUCUCAUCUCAUCUCAAACCUGAUAACAAAGCAGACCUGCAUCGAGUGAUUUUUGUCUUAGCUACUGCCAACAUAACCUCUAUUGCUUUAGCUGUACUUCUCCCUGUGUUUAUUAGACAAAGGUAUCUACGAAAAUUGAAAGCUGCUUUAGCACUGAGUGUGGCAGAGUUGACCUUCAUGAGAAGGAACCCCAUGGUUUUAGAUGUACCUGGAACAAACAUGUAUACCACAGAAGGAUCAAAUCCAAUUUGGAAUAAUACUCAGCUUAGAGAAGGCACCAGCUGUUUUAAUGACGACACGUGCUUUGACCGGAAAAGUUUGAACUCCCUUGAUGAUAAUGCCAUUGCUGAUGAGGAUUACUUUAAUAUUCGGGAAAUGAACUCCAGCAAAUAUCAGGAACAAAGAGGGAAUGCAUUUUCCAUAAAUGCACAAAAAUGUGAUUCCGAAAGUCCUCAAGAGGCUAUAGCCCACAACUUCCUCGCCAUGGCUCUAUCAUCCCACGAAGAAAGAAAAUACAGAAAAGCUGAAAACCGGAAAAAUGAUCAAUUUACUCAAUAAUGAAAGACUGAACGGUACUAAUCUGUGAAGGGAGAAUUUUAAGCUAUAUUUUGUGACUUUCUGGGUUGAUGUAGAGUCUUAAUUGCAAAUGUAAAAAUUAACCUUACCAGUUGGAUUUUUAUCCUGUGAUUGACUUUGCAGAAGCCUGAAGAUAAAGCCACCAUCCAGAAUAAACGUCUAAAUUCUAGGUCAGUAUGAAAGUUACCUGGUUUUGGGAUCUGAAUGUGACUUUGUCACAAAAUUCACUCAAUUCUCAAGAGGUUUAUAAGCAGUUCUGUUGCACCCUGAUCAAACUACUAUAUUUACUUCUUAGUGACACUCUGUUCUCUGCAAUUGGGACUCCCAAAAUGAGGUCCAUAACCC